AAAGACUGCGGGAAGCGCGCAACCCGCCAGACCCAGCUGCCGGAUCCCCAGUGUGGCCAGUCGCCCCACGUGACCACGCCAUCCCCCAGCUCCACCGCCGAGUGAGUUGCGGCUGCCUCCGCAUCCCACUCCCAGACCCUCGCUGAGCCGCCAGCCCGGGGCCCGCUCGCCAUGGCCCUCUUCCCGGCCCUCCUCCUAGCUCUGCUGGCUGGCGCUCACGCGGAGCUCCCGGGUUGCAAAAUCCGCAUUACAUCCAAGGCUCUGGAGCUAGUGAAGCAGGAGGGGAUGCGCUUUUUGGAGCAAGAGCUGGAGACCAUUACCAUCCCAGACCUGCGGGGAAAAGAGGGCCAAUUCCACUACAAUAUCACUGAGGUGCAGGUUACUGAGCUGCAGCUGAAUUCCUCUGAGCUCCAUUUCCAGCCUGGGCAGGAGCUGAUUCUGCAAAUCACCAACGCUUCCUUGGGGUUGCGCUUCCGGAGACAGCUUGCCUACUGGGUCUUCUCUGAUGGGGGCUACAUCAAUGCUUCGGCGGAGGGUGUGUCCAUCCGCACAGGUCUGCAGCUCUCCCAGGAUCCCACCGGCAGAAUGAAAGUAUCCAAUCUCUCGUGCCAGGCCUUUGUCUCCAGAAUGCAUAUGACCUUCGGGGGAACCUUCGGGAGGUUGUAUGAUUUUCUGUCCACAUUCAUCAUUUCUGGGAUGCGCCUCCUACUCAACCAGCAGAUUUGCCCAGUGCUCUACCACUCAGGGAUGAUCUUGCUCAACUCCCUCCUGGACACCGUGCCUGUGCGAAGUUCUGUGGAUGAGUUGGUUGGCAUAGACUACUCCCUCCUGAAGGAUCCUGUGGUCUCCACUGACAAUCUGGACAUGGAAUUCCGGGGGGCAUUUUUCCCCCUGGCUGAGGGGAACUGGAGCUUCCUCAACCGGGCAGUGGAGCCCCAGCUGCAGGAGCAGGAGCGGAUGGUAUAUGUGGCCUUCUCUGAGUUCUUCUUCAAUUCUGCCUUGGAGAGCUACUUCUGGGCAGGAGCCUUCCGGUUGUCACUGGAGAAGAUGCCAAAAGAUCUGGAUAUGCUGCUAAGGGCCACCUACUUUGGGAGCAUUGUCUUCUUGACCCCUGCAGAGAUCAAUUCCCCACUGAAGCUGGAGCUUCAGGUCACUGCCCCACCACGCUGCACCAUCAAACCCUCGGGCACCACCGUCUCCGUCACUGCCAGUGUCAGCAUCUACCUGGUCCCGCCCAACCUGCCGGAGAUCCAGCUGUCCAGCAUGAUCAUGGAAGCACGUCUCAGUGCCAAGAUGGCGCUCCGGGGCAAGGCGCUGCGCGCACAGCUGGAACUGAGCAGGUUCCGAAUCUACUCCAACCAGUCUGCGCUGGAGUCGCUGGCAAUGAUCCCACUUCAGGCGCCUCUGAAGACCGUGCUGCAGAUUGGGGUGAUGCCCAUGAUCAACGAACGGACCUGGCGCGGAGUGCAGAUCCCUCUACCUGAGCGGAUCAGCUUUGUGCGUGAGGUGGUGACGAACCAUGCGGGCUUCCUCACCAUCGGGGCUGACCUCCACUUUGCCAAAGGGCUGCGCGAGGUGAUUGAAAAGAACCAGCCUGCCAACACCAAAGACACCCAGGCAUCCAGUGCCCCUCCGCCCUCCACGGCAGCUGCCUGAGCCCUCCACUCCAACCCUGGUAGCCCCUCUCAGCUCUUGCCUCUGGCCCUCCACAGCCUAGUAGGAUCCCGCCAGCCCCCAGUGCCACAGAGAAGACAAGUUCUGAAGUUGUAUUCAAUUUAAUUCCAUAAUCAUUUCUGUCAAUUACAAUCCGUCCACGCCUCCC